AUGGGCUCUGAGCUGGAGCAGCACCACCACGGGGGCAUGGGGUCGCUGGAGGGCGGCGGCAGCAUCACGCCCGGCCCGCCCCCGACCUCCAAGUCCGCCUUCAUCGAGCUCCAGCAGCACCCCUACAACCCGGUCCGCUCCUACCACCCCCAUCACUUCGGGGGCGGCGGCCAGGGCCAGGGGCCCGGGCACCACGACGGCUUCGGCUCGCCCAGGACGGCCCUGUCGGCGUACCCCUUCCCGCCGAUGCACCACAACAGCUACACCGGCUACCACCUCGGCACCUACGCACCGCAGUGCCCCUCGCCGCCCAAAGAUGUGAUAGUGGAAGGGCCGCGGAUGACAGCGGGGAGAGCGUUGUCAGGGCCCGAACCACCUCCGCGGCUCAUUCACUAA